CAACAAAAGAGCUCUCGCAAAAUUGGACUUUUGAGAGGAGAGGAAAGAGACCAAAGUGCAGAGACAGAGAGAGAGAGAGAUGGCAAUGCCAUGGAACAUGACUCUCUGGAUGGCCGAGAUGGUCUGGUUGGCUCUCACCGGCUGGGUCUCCUCUUGCUUGACUGUUGCCGACGAGCUCGCCACCUCUCUCAGAACAGGAGAUAUCGGCCCUUUCAAUGUCGGCUGA